CACUGACCCGAUGCGCACCUGUCCUGUCAGUGCAAUUACAACUUUCGGUGGCUGCCCUCGUGUGCACACGCCUUUUCCACCUUUCACCCUGACUGUCAUGUUUCGUAUCUGAUUUUUACUUCACUCUUCCGUGUAGGUAUUCAAUUAUUUAAUACUGUCACCGACCUGUUCUGCGCCCUGUAGCUUCACUGUAGCGCUCAUCGCGUCGACGUCAUCUGAACGCGACCAUGGCGUAUCGCAUUGAACUCGCGUCUACUGGACGUGCCGGCUGCAAAGACACUGUUUGCAAGAAGGAAGGCAUCAAAAUCGCAAAGGGUGAGCUGCGCUGGGGCACCUGGGUGGAGGUGGAAUCCGCGAACAUCAAGGGCUGGCACUGGCGCCACUGGGGUUGCGUCUCAGGUCUUAUGGUGGCCAACGCACGCGACUCCAUCAGCGAUGGCAAUGGAAACUACGAUUGGGACGGCAUCGAUGGUUACGAUGAGCUCAACGACCACCCCGAGGUUCAAAAGAAGAUCAGGCGCACCUUUGAGCAAGGCCAUGUCGAUGCUGCCGACUUCCGGGGAGACCCUGAGAAAUUGAAACUGGGGGAGAAGGGCAUCCACUUGACCAAGGCCCAGCUCGCUAAGAAAGAGAAAGAGGCUGCCAAGGACGCUGAAGAGCCCAAGAAGCCCAAGCGAGGCCGCAAGAAGGAAGAAACCGACGAUGAUGAAGAGCAGGCGCCUAAACCCAAGAAGGCGCGCAAGUCCAAGGUUAAGGCUGAAGAGGCAGAGGAGGAGAAGCCCGCACCUGCCAAGAAGGCCCGCAAGGCGGUCAAGACCGAGGAGGCACGCGAAGAUCAUGACGAAGAAGAGAAACCCGCGCCUGCUAAGAGGGGUCGCAAGGCGGUCAAGGCCGAGGAAGGCGACGAGCAAGAGAAGCCUGCCCCGGCCAAGCGCAGUCGCAAGUCGAUCAAGACUGAGGAGGAACAUGAGGCAGAUGCAGAGGAAGAGAAGCCCAUUCCAGCUAAGCGUGGUCGCAAGGCCGCCACACAGGUCAAGAGCGAGGAGGGCGAGGAGAAGCCUGUUCCUGCUAAGAAGGGGCGUCGUACGUCGGUCAAGACUGCUGAACAGGAUGAGCUCGCAGCCCCCACAAGCCGUCGCUCUUCUGGCAAGGUCAAGGCUGAAGCCCAGGAGGAAGCGGAGGAAGAGAAGACGGUUCCCGCUCCAAAACGGCAGCGUACGUCAGUAAAGGCCGAAGAACAUGAGGAGGGGGGAGAAGAAGAGCGGGAAGAAGAAGAGAAGCCAGUGGCAGCCAAAAGAGGCCGCAAGUCUAUCAAGGCUGAAGAGCUCAAGCAGGAACAGGGAGAGGAGAAGCCUGCUUCUACGACCAAGGCACGUCGCUCAUCUGUCAAGGCAGAAGAGGCCGCAGAUGUGAAGCCCACGCCUGCCAAGCGUGAUCGCAAGUCUCUAAAAUCGGAAACCGAUGUGGACGAGAAGCCUGCCCCCAAGAAAAGCCGCAAAGCUGUCACCGAGCAAGCCAAUGGUGAGCCUGUCCGUCGCAGCCGUCGCUCCUCUGGUAUUUCUACCACGCUCAAGGAGUCUGAAGAUGAGGAUGUCAAGGGCGAGGAGGAGGAAAAGCCGGCCCCAAAGCCCAAGGGACGUCGUGGGAAGGCCAGCAAGGCUUGAGAUAUGCGAGCAGGGAGUAUUUGCGACUUCGUUUUAAUCUGGGACAGCGCAGGCGAGCGCGUAUCUACAUUGCUCGAGGAGAGGAGUUGUACGUAGCUUACUAGUAUAGUGUGUCAUUGCU